AUGUACGGAUCGGACAAAGCGUCGCACAAUGUACCAUUCCCGCGGGAUCGAGAUUUCAUACAGCGGCCAGAUUUGACUGACCAGAUCACUGCCGCUCUAGCCAUUCCUCAAGCUCGCCUCGCCCUAGUCGGUGUCGGCGGCGUGGGCAAAUCACAGAUUGCAAUCAACUAUUGCUACCAUGUGCGGGAUGAGUCACCUCGGACGUGGGUAUUUUGGAUCCAUGCGAGUAAUGCUGCUCGUUACAGUCAGGGCGUCCGCGAUUGUUUGGACCUUGCCGACGUAGACAAACGUUUCGAUCCCCAAGUAAAUAUCCACGAGCUCUUCCGUAAUUGGCUUCGCAGCAGAGACAGCGGUCGAUGGUUGAUUGUUAUCGACAACGCGGAUGAGAUCGAUUUCCUCGUCGAGAGAAGCAACGGUCAGACACCUUUAUUCAAGCACUUGCCACCUUGCAACCAUGGGACGAUCCUUAUCACAUCGAGAAGUAAAAUCUCAGCAUUGAAGCUCGUGGAGCCGAAAGAAAUCGUCGAGAUUCCGCCAAUGGGCGAACAGCAAGCCAUAGCUCUUAUCGAGAAACAACUAGGCCCAAACUCAGGCAUCCAGAGACUUGCCCGCGCUUUGGAUUACAUGCCAUUGGCCAUGUCACAGGCAGCAGCGUACAUCAAGAACCGAGGCAAACGCUUUUCCAUAGAGCGCUACAUUGAAAAACUACAAAAAGGUGAUCAAUCGAAGAGAAGCAUACUUGACGAGGAAGUAGGAGAUUUGCGACGUGAUGAUGAAGCUCGUAAUGCUAUCGCCCUGACAUGGCAGAUUUCUUUUGAGCAUAUCCGCCGGCUCCGACGAUCUGCGGCCGAUCUACUAUCUCUAAUGAGCUUCUGUGAUCGCCAGGCGAUUCCGGAGAAUCUACUCAAAGUAAAACGCGAGAGCCGACAGGAUGAGAAAAUCCCCGAUGGAAACCACAGUGAUGAUAAUAUCGACGACAUGAGUUCGGAUGCUUCAAGCGAUGACGGAUCCGACACAUCCCAAGACGAUGGAUUUGAGAAAGACGUCAUCAUGCUUGAAGGAUUUGCUUUCAUAUCGAUCACCACAGCGGAAGAGUCGACAUACGAAAUGCAUCGAUUGGUACAGCGCGCCACACAGCGAUGGCUGCAGUCGCAGAAGCAAUUUGAGCAUUGGAGAGCGGCUUUCCUGUACAAUCUCGCCGACAUACAUCCUUCAGGCGAGUACGAGAAUUGGAAAGAGUGUCAAACGCUACGUCCGCAUGUCAGAGCGGCACUGGACUUGAAUGUAAUGCACAGAGACGAGCUAUUGGAUUUGGCUUCGACCUGCUUCAAAGCCGGAUGGUAUGCCUACCAGAUGCACCUAGACAGCGAAGCAGCAGAGAUGUACACGAGGGCAUACGCAAUAUCUUGUCAAGAAAGAGGGGAAGAUCACGAUGGUUCGUUGGGCAUCGUAAAUGAUCUAGCGCUGGUUCGUCUCCGACAAGGACGCCUCGCCGAGGCCGAGAAGCUACAGAAGAAGGUGCUGAAGACAAGGGCAUUGUCGCUCGAGGCAGAACAUCCCAGAAUGCUGAUGAGCAUGCACAACCUUGCACUCACAUACUCAUACCAAGAGCGGUGGGGGGAGGCGGAGGAGCUACUCGCGAAAGUGCUCGAAACGAAAUACGUCGUCUUCGGCAAGCAACACCGUGAUACGCUUUUGAGCAUGUACGAUCUAGCAUACCUCUUCCAAAGGCAAAAGCGUUGGACGGAGGCAGAAGAACUCACGGUCGAGGUGCUCGAGAUACGGAGACGAAUGCUUGGGGCAGAUCACCCGGAUACGCUUGACAGCAUGGCCGAUCUCGCAGCUAUGUAUCGAGGGCGAGAGCAGUGGGAGAAGGCGGAAGAGCUGUAUAUGAAGACAGUCGAGGCACGCCAGAGAGUUCUGGGAUUAGCGCACAACAGUACUUCGGCCAGUAUGGCCGCUCUCUCCCGCAUCUAUUACAAGCAAAAUCGUUGGGCAGAAGCUGAACAGAUGCUCUCAAAAGUAGUCGAGACAAGAACCAAAUUUGAAGGAGCGGAGCACAUAGACACCUUAUUUGAUAUGCACGAACUUGCAUGCAUAUAUAUGGUGCUAGAGCGCUGGGAGGAGGCCGCAUCAUUCCUCGAGAAGGUGGUCGAAGCACGACAGAGAGUCCUUGGACCACAGCACAAAAACACACUUAUUAGCAUGUCAAAGCUCUCUGACGUCUAUUAUGAGCAAAAUCGUUGGGCAGAAGCUGCACUACUCAGGGCGAAAGAGGUAGAGACUCGAGCGAAGAGUCAAGGAGAAGAGGACGAGGAAACCUUGUUUGCCAUGCAUGAGCUUGCAGUUAUAUAUGUGGCGCAAGAGCGAUGGAAAGAAGCCGAAUCACUCCUCGAGAAAGUGGUCGAGACAAGACAGAGAGUUCUUGGACCAGAGCACAAAAACACUCUCAUCAGCAUGUCAAAGCUCGCUGACAUCUAUUGUAAGCAGUGCCGUUGGGCAGAAGCUGCUUCGCUCAGGGCGAAAGAGGUAGAGAUCAGAGUCAGAGUUCAAGGAGCAGAGAACGAGGACACGUUGUUUGCCAUGCAUGAGCUUGCAGUAGUAUAUCGAGCGCAAAGUCGACAGCCGGAGGCGCGAGAGCUCUUGGUAAAGGUGGUAGACGCACGGUCGAGAGUGCUUGGUUCUGAGCAUCCGGAUACUUUGGAGAGCAGGAUUCGGCUGUCCGAUGUCUCUUCCGAGUCGAGCCAAUGA